GUUUAAUACUUGUCUCUUUAAUCUUGUUAAUGUGAAUGUCAAUGAAAACGAUUUGGUGUUUGAGUUAUUAUUAUAGGUUUGUUAUGUUUUGCUUAUGGUGUCUGUUUGGUCUUUGAGUUAUUCUUAUGAGUUUUUAUGUUUUGCUUAUGGGUAAGAACAUAUAAUGGUCGAAAAGUCAUGGGUUCAUCUGAACAGAGCUGAACCGGAUUAUGAGAGAGGUGCUUGGGAUUUUGUGAGGUCUGUGGCUGCAGCUUUAGGAGAAAUGGAGAUGAUUAUUUGCCCCUGCAUUGACUGUCGCAACGUAGAUCGUCACUCAGCCGGUAUUGUCGUUGAUCAUCUUGUAACAAGAGGAAUGGAUUUGAGUUACAAGAUGAGAGAGGAUUGGUAUCAUCAUGGAGAAGUGCAAUCAGGGACUGAGAGUAGAAGCAAUGCAAGUCAGUGGAACCAAGAGAUUUUGGGGUUAUACCAAGCUGCUGAGUUUAGAGAUGAAGAGUUGGUUAGGCAGGCAGAUUUAUGUGAGGGUGCUGAGGCUGAGGAUAAGCUAGAAGAUGAGUUUCUUGCAAAGCUAGCCGAUGCAGAAACGCCCCUAUACCCAAGUUGUGCAAACCACAGCAAGCUAUCGGCGAUAGUUGAACUCUUUAGGAUAAAGACAGAGAGUGGUUGGUCUGACAGAAGUUUUGAUCUUCUGCUUCAGACUUUGCCACGGAUGCUACCCAAGGACAAUGUAAUGCACACCUCGUUGUACGAGGUGAAGAGGUUUCUUAGAUCUUUUGAUAUGGGUUACGAGAAGAUACACGCUUGUGUGAACGACUGUUGUUUAUUCAGGAAGCAGUUUGAGAAGCUCAACAAUUGUCCGAAAUGCGACGCUUCACGUUAGAAGAUUAACACCCGCACUGGCGAGGUGAAGAAAGGUAUUCCACAGAAAGUACUUAGGUAUUUUCCGAUAAUUCCACGUCUCAAGAGGAUGUUCAGGUCUGAAGACAUGGCGAAAGACUUAAGGUGGCAUUUUAGUAAUAAGAGCACUGACGGGAAAAUUCGUCAUCCGGUGGAUUCUGUG